UUUUAUUUUUCACUUUUAGACAUCAUGUAUUGUCCUCGGCCGACUUGCGGUUCUGCUGUGAUUCUGGAGAAGUCCAGCCCGGCAGCGAUGUGCUCUGUCUGCAGCUUUGCUUUCUGUGUAAACUGYAAAAACACGUACCAUGGAAGAAGCAAGUGCCAUGAAGAACCCGACUUGUCUACGGCGAAGAGUGAAGAUCUGCUGAUUGCUUUACCAAAGACAGAAGAUGGGAUCCAGGCACUUUUACAGGAUUAUGCUUCAGGCAGCAAGCCAAGGCGUCGCCUCCUAGAAAACAGAUACGGCCGUAAAUUGCUUGGUUAUACUGUCGAAAUGCAUUUUAGCGACAAAUGGAUAGCCACCAACACCAAACCCUGCCCUCACUGCUUCACCCCAAUACAKAAAGAUGGCGGAUGUAACCWCAUGUUUUGCACUCAAUGUAAACGGGACUUUACGUGGCAGUGACGCUGUAGACUUGACUCCGUUUCUCAAACUUUGGACCGCGGCCGCCCCCUAGUGGCCGCCCAGGUGCUGCAUGUAAACGACCGUUUGUUUACUGUGACGUCAGCUCGCAGUGCGACGCUACAGCUAGCUUAGCAUAGGGCUGAAAUAAUGGAUCAAACCGGGUCACUCAAGAAAAACUGAAGAUACCGGUGGAAAGAAAACAACGGCAGGAAWAMUGCAGAGGWGGGCAGAGAACUAAAAARCUACUAAAGCAAGAGUAGCUCUACUUCGACAUAUUUUUACUCAAGUUAACAUAAAAAGUGCUACUUUUUUCUCUGUCCAAGAAAUUAGUCAAGUAAGAAUAAAAAAGUAUUUGGUAAAAAGUACUGGGUAA